GUUAUGUUCUCUUUCAGUUCUAUAUAUAAGCACACGUACAGUUUGUUUCUGCCGGUGGAUAUUCCGGUUAGUGGAAAGAAGAAGCUCACCGGAAAAUGGACGAGUCAUGGAGAAUGCUAAUGGGAUUAACGUCGGGGCUUCCUCGUCGGCGAUCAAUGGAGGACCGCUCAUCUUCACGAACGCUGCGGUCUGUCUUUUCCAAUACCGGCGUCUCGGAGACGGAAACCUUGAACGCCGACGACUUCUCAGACGUCUUCGGAGGCCCACCUAGAAGCCUUCUAACGCACAAAUUCUCCAGGUCCAGUGCAUUCUACGAGGAAAUAUUCAAGCAGCCGGCGUUUAAAUCUCCGGCGCCACUUAAAGGUGGCCGGAGCUUGCCGGUGUUUCGGAUUCCGGCGAAAAAUGAUGCGUUUUACGGAGAUAUUUUUGAGUCGGACGAUGACCGGAGAUCGAGAGAGCGGUCAGGGUCACAAUCUAAAGCGAAAUCGAAGUCGAACUCAUCUUCGGUGCUCAGUUCCGAGGACCUGAGCCCUCUCCGGCAAGCUAUCGGUGAUGACGUGGCACUGUCAGACUUUGCUUCAAAGCUCAGGCCAAUCAAUGUCCCAUAUAGAUGGAACUCAUCCACUUUGAUGCAUGAGGAACAGCCAAUUAAACAACGGAAGCCACUUUUUCCCUGUAACGGUCAAUCAUUUGAUUUCCAUUGUCAUGAUAAUGGGUACUCAAGAAGAGUCCCAUCCCCAGAAACAAUUAGUGUUGAAUCCAACUCAUAUCAAAGCACCAAAGUAUCUACAGAUGAUUGGGAAUUCAGUCCCCCAUUUUCUGCUGUCUCUGGAGUUUGUCAAGAACCUGAGCCAAAAUCAUCGGUUCACUAUCACGUGCUUCCGGAACUAGUUAUAGAUCAGGAUGAAUAUGAUGAGGAUGAGGAUGAAGUUAUGAGCUCCUAUGUUAUAGAGGUCAACUCCAACCUUAGAGAGGAAAAUUGUGAAACCGAAGCCAUAGAUGAAGCGAUUGCGUGGGCCAAAGAGAAGUUUCAAUCAAGAACUAAUGAAGAAACAUGCUUGAGAAAUGAUGGCAAUGAGGAAACUGCUGAGGUGGAAGGAAGGCCUUGUGCAAGUGAAUACCAUGAUGAUGAAAUUGGAAUGGUUGAAUCUCCAAAGAAGGUACAGACAGAAACAGAGAAGUGGGACAGAGAUAUAAGAUUGUCGUCAUUUGGCAAAGAAACUGACAUCAGGCUACUGCUUUCAACACUUCAUCAGAUUCUGUGGCCGGAGAGUGGCUGGUCUGCUGUUCCUUAUAUGAGCAUAAUAGAAAGCUCAAAAGUCAAGAAGGCCUAUCAGAAAGCAAGAUUAUGCCUCCACCCUGAUAAACUGCAGCAAAGAGGAGCAAAACUCUUACAGAAGUACAUAGCAGAGAAGGCUUUCUCCAUUCUUCAGGAUGCAUGGACUACAUUUAUUUCUGAAGAUUUUCCUUUUAAGCAGCAAAUCACUCUUAAAUGCGGAUAACUCAGUUUUGGUUGAAAGCUUGGGAACUAACAUCAGGCACUCAGAUUGAUGGAAGUGUUCAUUUCUAAGAAGCAAGGACAUGUUAAGUACAUUAGUUUUGAAAACAGUAUCUCCUUUGUACAAAUAGUUGUCUGAUGGAUUUUCUACUAUUUUAUUUAUGUGUAUCAUAAGUUAUUUAUGCUUUUGUAUGUAUCAGUUUUGAAGUAUUUAACAGAAAGUUAUUUCGUUGCUUGUAUUUGACUUGUAUAUGAUGACAUGGAACCAACAAAUCUGUUUCUCUGUUAUUCUAAUGGAACCCUACUAUUUCAUUUA